AUGGAACAAAGCGGGGAUAGGGCUGAUGAGAUUCUAGCUGGCGUAAUCAUGUUGGCGGUAAGCGCAUUCGGUAACGUGAUAAACAUUGCGGUCGUUGUAUUGCUUUUCCGUACACCGUCAUUCCAUAACGCCUUCGGCUUGAUUUGUGCUUCACACUUGAUCGCCGAUAUUGGAGUGCUUUUGAUUUUCUCAUUCUGGGCUGCUCCAGCUGCAUUGUUUGGUUUUCCUGAUACGAUUACCCAAACUCACUUCGGAGGGAGCAUGGGCCAAUUGGCAAUUCUCUUUUGGUAUGCAUCGACAUAUGGACAUAUACAAGUUGCUGUCAACCGUCUUCUCGCUAUCAAAUAUCCACUCUUAUACAAGAGGGUAUUCUCAAUGCGAAACACCAAAACUAUUCUGGCAGUGUUCUGGGCGAUUUCUGCUGCAAACGUAUUUGCCUACUUUUGGAGAGAGUGCGACUUCAAGUUCAACGUUCAUGCGUUAACUUGGUUCUACGCUCCUACCUAUUGUGGAUAUAUUAUUGCAUUUUACAUGACUUUGGUACAUGAAUCAGCUUUAUGUGCUAUAGUUAUUGUCAUUGACACUAUCGCCUUCUUCGCAAUCUACGCAGAAGCAAAGUUGUUCCCACACUACUCCACCUACGUACCUCGACCAAUUCAGAAACCAUCAAAAUCGUUCGAUGAGGCCAAGAUGCUCAAACAAAAUACUAAUCUCUAUGUGCAGACUCAUCCUGAUUGCUUUCCACAAGAAGUUCCGUAUGGCUUUCGGCUUACGUACGUUGCUCUGCCGGAAGGAGAUCAAGAGUGA